AUGAGCAAGGCGCUCAAGGAGGGGUUGGAGGGGGAGGAGCAGCGGCUCCAUAGGAUACGCAUCACGCUUACCUCAAAGGAUCUGAAAUCCAUUGAGCGUGUAUGCUCGGAGCUUAUUGGCGCGGCGAAGCAGAGAAAGCUACAGACAAAUGGGCCAGUACGCCUGCCUGUCAAAACCCUGCGUGUGACCACCAGGAAGUCUCCAUGCGGAGAGGGAACAAACACCUACGACAGGUUUGAGCUGCGCAUUUACAAGCGCUUGAUCGACUUGCACUCAGCAAGCGAUGUUGUCAGGCAAAUUACGUCGAUCAACAUUGACCCCGGAGUCGAAGUCGAGGUCACCGUGUCGAACAUUUAG